AUAAAAUUAACAAAAAAUGUUUAAACGACCGCCAAAUAUUGAACUAAUUUUGCUGCUGGCAUGUUUUGCUCUAGUAAAAUGUGAGACAAAUCUUCCACCUGUGUUUACUCAAUCAUUAAAUAAUAUUGUAUUAUUUGAAAAUGUGGCGGUAGGAACCGUGGUAUAUAAACUCGAAGGUUAUGAUCCAGAGGGUAGUAAUGUUACCUUUGGCUCAAUUGGAUCUGAAAAUUUUGAAGUAGAUCCUAUAUCAGGAAAUAUAACACUUAUAAAACCUUUGGACAGAGAAGAAAAGGAGAGUAUAACAUUUUUGGUUACAAUUAAAGACCGCGUCAAUCCGGAUGGAGAAUCUGAACAAGAUAAUGUAGUUGAGGUGCCAAUCACAUUUAUUAUACUGGAUGAAAAUGAUAAUGCACCAGAAUUCGAAAAUACUCCAUAUGAAGCUGAUGUUAAUGAAGACGCUCCUGUAGGUACUACCAUUUUUGAUAAAAUUCUUGUCAAAGAUCGUGAUACAAUUGGUGAUAGUUUGGACUUAAAAUGUUUACCGCAGUCACAAAGUCCAGAAGCCUGUAACAAAUUCCGUUUAGAAAUAUUGACACGAGAGCCAACCAUACUAACAGCAUCGGUAGUAGUUAACGACACUCUAAACUACAAUCAACGCAUGAUAUAUCAUUUCCUGAUAAAUGCAACGGAUGGCCAACAUCAGUCACAAACAAAUUUUGAAGUACGUGUAAAAGAUAUACAAGAUAAGCCACCAGUUUUUCAAGGUUCUAUGUCUACUGUCAUAGACGAGGAUAGUCCCAUUGAUACCUUAGUACUAAAAGUGCAAGCACGAGAUGGAGAUACUGGUGAACCUCGUAAAAUUGUUUAUGAUUUAUUAACAAAUCCUAUGGACUACUUUUUGCUGGACGAGUAUAGUGGUGAGCUGCGAACGGCCAAACCCUUAGAUCGUGAAACUUUACCAGAUAGCACCGGUCUUAUUACUUUGCAAAUAAGGGCUCGAGAACUUGUUAAUGGUAUACCCAGUAAUGAACCCUCUGCAAGUACCAUAGCUCCUGCAACCAUAACCAUACGUGAUGUUAAUGAUUCACCGCCAACUUUUAACAAAAUGGAAUAUGAAGUAGAAUUGCAAGAGAAUACUCCGCCUGGCACACCAUUGGCUUUAGAUAUGAAUGUUACUGACCGUGAUGUGGGUAGUAAUUCCAAGUUCGCAUUACGUUUACAAAAUUUCGCCGAUGUUUUUGAAGUUGAUCCGAAAUUUGUAACAGGUUAUUCUCAAGUAAACAUACGUGUUGCAAAUCAUACCUUAGACUAUGAGAAUCCAAAUCAACGUAAAUUUUUUGUGCUACUCGUUGCUGAAGAAACCGAUACAAAUCCAAAACUAACUUCUACCGCUACUAUUAAAAUUACUGUAGUAGAUGCUAAUGAUAAUAAGCCAACAUUUGAACAGGAUUCAUAUUCCACUACAAUAUCAGAAGCUGCUGUACCAGGGCAGUAUAUAACUACUAUAACAGCUAAAGAUGCUGAUUCUGGCAUGUUCGGAGAAGCUGGUAUACGUUAUAGCUUAACAGGUGCGGGGGCCGAAUUGUUUCAUGUUAAUGAAGUAACGGGUGUGAUUACAUUAGCCGAUUGUCAUCAUACAUUGACAACUGAAACUCAGAAAAUUACAAGUCAACGUCAAAGACGUGAUACUGAGGAAUUCGUAACGUUACCUAAUUUAAAUACUAAUGAAAAUUCUACAAAAAAUUUUUACAACAGUCUCAUUAGCACAGUUGAGAUUAGCACCGCAGCAAGUGUAGAAUAUAUGGUGAUAACACAACCUAGCAAUACCGACAACACUAACAAGUUGCCCAGUGAAGCGUUGCCUACGUGCCUAGAUUACGAAACCGAAACCACGUACUUCUUGUCAUACAAAGCAACGGAUGAUGAUGGUCAGGGACAAACCUCUGUUGUGUCGCUGCGAAUAUCAGUAUUGGAUGCAAAUGAUUCGCCACCAGUUUGUGAAAGUCCCUUAUACCGUGCUUCAGUAGAUGAAGGUUCACACGUUUUUGAUUCACCAUUGAUUGUUAAAGCAAGAGAUGCGGACAAGAUAUCAGACAUAACUUACAGCAUUAUUGGCAGCAAGCAGGUUGAACAAAUUUUCGACAUUGAUAAACGCUCCGGACAGAUAACUAUACGACCUAAUGCUACACUAGAUGUCACGCACUUAAAGACAGAUAAUCUCAUUUUCAGUGUAGAAGCCAAUGAUGGUAUUUUUACUACAAAUUGUGCCGUUAAUAUAACUGUGCGUGAUGUGAACAAUCAUGCGCCUCAUUUCCUGGCUGAAAAAUAUUCAGCAAUAGUAGAGGAAAAUUCAGAAAUUGGUACUAAUGUUGAAAAAUUGCAAGCUGAAGACUUGGACUCCGGCAUUAAUGCGGAAUUACGAUAUCGUAUACAACAAGGUAGCUUUGGAGAUUUUCGUAUUGAUGAGCACAGUGGUGAAGUUUUUGUGUCACGGAAAUUGGAUUAUGAUCGUCGGAAUACAUAUCAAAUAGAAGUUUUAGCUUCUGACCUAGGAAUACCAAGCUUAACUGGAACUGCAACGCUGACUGUCACAAUUAAUAAUAGCAACGAUAAGGAUCCAUAUUUUACGCCAGCAACACAACAUGCAGAGGUACGAGAAGAUGUACCUGUAGGCACAAUCGUUUAUACAUUAAUUGCUGUUGAUCCUGAUGCCACACAUGAUGCAUUGGAAUUUGCCGCAACUGAUAUUACUGCUAUUGAUAAAGAUGGUAAAGAAGUGCCAAGUACUGAAGAUUUUAAGACAUAUUUCUCAAUAAAUCGUAAUGGAAAAGUUAUUGUUAAUAAAAAAUUGGAGCGAGAUAUAUUUGCAGUUAUACGAAUCAAUGUAUUGGUAACCGAUAGCACUGCACCAACUGUACAACAAGGACGUGGUUUACUGAUAAUACAAAUUAUUGAUGUCAAUGAAGUACCACCGAAAUUUAAUCCACCAUGGACUGUAGAAAACCCUGUCAUCAAAUUGCAAAUGACCGAAGAGCAACCAAUUGGUUCAGUGUUAACAACUUUACAAGCCUAUGAUGAAGACUCCACAAUUGGUGAAUACAAUAUAUCACCAAAUAAUUACUUCGAAAUAAAUAAAACCACUGGUGUUAUAACUACAAUAUCUCGCAUUGAUUAUGAAACACUUAAAGAAGUGAAAUUUACUGCUACCGUCACAGAUACUGGAAUGCCAGCCCUAACAUCCACUGCUGAUGUAACAGUAGAUAUAAUUAAUCUGAAUGAUAAUGAACCACAUUUCAGUCAGUCCGAAUAUCAUUUUAAUAUAACUGAAAAUUCACCACGUGGUACAGUUGCCGGCAAAGUAGAAGCAAUAGAUGCGGAUAGCAACGUAUUUGGAGAAAUAACUUAUUCACUUAUUGGGGAGAACAAUAAAUAUUUCUCAAUUGAUGCUUACACGGGUAGUAUAAUGGUUGCUGAUUCAACCAUUUUGGAUCGUGAAAAAAUCAGCUUAAUAACUCUUACUGCAGUAGCACAAGAUAAAGCACCAGCAACAGUGCAAAAAACAGCAACUGCUGUGAUAUUUAUAAAUGUUUUGGAUGUAAAUGAUAAUGCACCAAUAUUUACACAAGAUGAAUAUACAGCCACAGUGGCCGAAAAUGCUGCUGUAAAUCCACCAGCUGCACUUUUGCAAGUUAAAGCAGAUGAUCUAGAUGAGGGAAUUUUUGGUGAUGUACGUUAUGUUAUCACUGAAGGAAAUGUGGAUGGAUUAUUUAAACUGGACUCGCAGUCUGGUAUUAUUUAUCCUGCACAGAGUUUAAAUGGUAAAAAAGGUGUUUAUGAAUUAACUGUGUUGGCACGAGAUACACAAGGCUCCGGUACCAUGGAAAGCACUACGACAGCAAAAAUUACAGUAAUGGGAGUUAAUCAACAUCGUCCAGUAUUUGUUAUACCAGCGUCAUCAAAUGCCACUAUUGAAAUACCAGGCGACAUUGUACCAGAAAAUUAUUUACUUUUAACUGUUAAAGCCACAGAUAAUGAUACUGAUGAAAAUGGUCAUAUAACUUAUCAUUUGAAGAUUAAUGACCAAAACUUGCAAGAAACUCCUGAAUUUAAAAUAAAUGCAGAAACUGGUGAAUUAAGCACCAAAAAGGAACUCAAUCGAAAAUACCGGGCAAAUUACAACAUUGUUUUGGUUGCACGUGAUGCGGGCAAUCCUAAACCAUUCGAAACUCUACGUUUCCUUAGUAUAAGCAUUCUUGACGAAAACGAAAAUACACCGGAAUUUUUAGAUGUAAAUAACCCAUAUAAGAUAUCAAUAAAUGAAAACAGUGGUCGUAAUGUUAAAGUAGGACACAUACAGGCAUCAGUACGUAGCAAACAUAAUAAGGACGUUUAUUACUAUAUGUUGUUAGGCAAUGAAGAUGGUGCGUUUGUUGUUGAUAAACGAACCGGAGACAUCUAUACGAAUAAAAGUUUAGAUAGAGAAACAACCGAAUUUUAUACACUUUAUAUAUUGGCAAGCGUUAAAUAUGAUUUACAUAUUUCUGACGAGGAACGUGCUUCAUUUUCGAUUAAGACCUUGGAUCGCGAUAAUACUGUAGCUAAAGUUUGGGUUACAGUACUGGAUGAGAAUGAUAAUGCACCAGUGUUUGAAAAGGAAAUUUAUUAUGCUGGGGUGAAUGCCAAGUCUACAACCAAUACAUUAAUAAUUGUUGUUAACGCUACAGAUGCGGAUGAGGGUAAAAAUUCCAAAAUAGAAUAUAUGAUCGUUGCAUCCAAUUUAUACAAAUAUGGUGCAACUAAAUCUACUGGCUCAAUUGUACCAAGUCCAUUUAAUAUAUCGCCUGAAGGACGUAUAACAACAGCUGCUUUUAUGGCAGAAUAUAAUCAAGAUCGUUUCGAAUUAGAAAUUGUAGCAAGAGAACUAGAAUCACCACAACGUUCAGCACGUACAAAAGUUAAUGUUUGGAUAUAUGACGCAUCACAAUUAGUCCGCGUAAUACUUUCUCGUCCACCAGAUGAAGUCUAUCAAGAGCAGGAAGAAAUUGUUGCAGAGUUAAGAAACGCUACACAACACAGAAUUAUUGUAGAUGAGAUACGGUUUCAUGUUGAUCGUAUGGGUCGCAUACGUAUGGACUGGUGUGAUCUAUUUUUCCAUGCUGUUGAACCACGUACACAACAAAUAGCAGCUGUUGAGGAUAUACUUAAAGUGAUCGAUACUAACUAUGAUUAUUUAAGAGAUUAUUAUGCAGGAUUUGCUAUAGAAAAUGUUGUACCAGCAUAUACAACGAUUGUUCAAGAUGAAUUUGAUUUGGCUGUAGCUGGCUUAGUGGCUUUAAUAAUCGUACUUUUUGUGGGUGUGGUUAGCUUUAUAGUACUUUGUUGUUGUUUAAAACAUUGGAAUUUAUCUGUUCCGGUAGAAAAUCGACGCAAGGAGGCUUUAAUUAAAAAACAAAUCAUAGAAGAUUUAAAUACAACAGAAAAUCCACUUUGGAUAGAACAAAAGCUAAAGCUUUAUGAAGAACAAGAACUAACCAUGCAGGUAUUUUCAGAACCUGAUCAUAUAUCUACUUCAGAGUCUCCAGCGCAACUGGACCAUCGUAAUAACAUGGAAUUGGGGCACCAUACAGUUGAUAAUACCUAUGCCACCAUACAACCAAGGAAUUCAAAUCAUGGUCCAGGUAGCAACAUCGGUAUUACUGGCUUAAAUAGCGGUGUUGUUGUUGGACGUAUGGACCACCAACAUAUGAAUGACUUUGCUGAUUACGCUACAUUGCGUAAUAAUCGUGCACCAUCGAUGUAUGAGUUCACAGGUUCUACAUUCCAGGCACCUAUAAGGGAUGGUGAUGAUGGUGUAACAGAAUUAAUAUAAACAAGCUACACAA